AUGAGAGAAAUAAAGAUCGAGCAGCGACGAACCACAGUAGUCUUUGCGCUCCCCGGAGUUUUCGACGACGCUCGCCUGUCCCUACGACCUGUCAUCACGCUCGACGCAGUCUCGAAAGACGUCGAGGUAAGCCUGUACGGGAAAAUUGUUUCGCCUGAGCGUCUUCUCCAGUACCCAGGUAGGCACGAGCCGCAGCAAGGCCUCUCUCAAAAAUACAGCCGGUCUGCUCUGCAGCUGCCCCAAGAAGAGCUGCUUCCUCGCUUCCGCCGCGACGGCCUCUGCGUACGGCCUGCGCUUUCGCUCGUACUCUGCAAACGCCUCGAGGUGCCCAUCGGGCCAGUGCCAGUACGUGGCGAGCUCCGCCGCGAGGACAAAGGCGUCUUCGGCAGCCAGGCAUGCGCCCUGCGCCAUGUUAGGCGUGACAACGUGCGCGGCGUCGCCGACGAGUGCGACGCGCGGCGAGCUCCAGCCGGGGAGCGCGCGCCCGUCUUCGAUGGCGUGCAUGUAGAAGGCGUGGUCGGGCGUCGCGUCGUGCAGCGACUUGAGCGGCUCGGGCCAUGGGCAGGGGUCGAGCUUUGUGCGCGUGCGCGGCAUCUCCGCGGCAGGCAUCUUCACCCACCAGUAGGCCUGCGAACCGUCCGCGCUCAUGUGGCCGAACGAGGAGCGCAGGCCGGCGCCGUAGUUGAUGCGCAUGGUGCGGUCGGCGGGGGGGUCCGGGAGGAGCGCGGCGACGCGGGGAUGAACGCCCCCGGCGGAGAGGUCCAGCACGCCGCGGUAGCACACCUCGCCGCAGAAGGUGACGGCGUCGGGUGCGGCGUCGGGGGCUGGCACGUGCCUGCGGAGGCGCGAGCGCGCGCCGUCGGCGGCGAUGACGAUGCGCGACUUAAGCGUGGUCUUGCGCGGGAUGGCGGCGGGGUCGUCGUCGUCGGACACGCGGAAGGUGGUAGUGGCAGAGUCGUCGUCCUCGUGCUCGGUGACGCCGAUGACGUCCGCGCCGUACACGAUGACGCCCAGCGGGACCAGGCGGUGCAGCUCGCGCAUGAGCCGCUCGCGCGACACGAGGACGAAGCUCUCGCCGGUUCCGUGCGUGACGGCGUCCAUGUUGAGGGUCUUGAGCACGGUGGCGACGGGCGCGGCGGCGUCGGGGGAUUCAACGCCCCCCGGGGCGGAGAACUGCAUGUUACAUAG